UAAUAGCUUCUACUUUUACAGAGCAAAGUUGCAGACAAAAGACAAAUAUUGGUUUUAAUUUCUCUCUUUCCUCAAAGCUUUCAACCCCAUUAAUGGAGGGAACACUCAAUUUUACAAAAUUUCUCUAAAGCUGUAAAAAAAAUUGAAAGCAUCAAUUGAAUUCUCUGUGGCGCCAUUUGUUACCACCUACCAAUCUUUCAAAAAAAAAUCAAAUCUUUUUCUUCAUUUCUGUUGUUUGUUUGCUUAAUUCGCAGCCCAAGUUUAAAAAGAUUUGAUUUUGAUGGAGGUUGAAGACAGAGAGAGCACGGAUUCCGGCUCCUUCAGCGGCAAUCACGACUCCGAUUCGCCGCCGCUGAGUGCAGCGGAGUAUGUCGCUCACGGCGGCGCCGGUGGUGGCGGCGGUGGGAUGUUGCCGGAGGUGGUGAGCAUGGAUUUAGGUGUGGGUGUGGAGAAGGCGCCAGCUUCGGCGGUGGAGGCUGUGGGCGGCGUAGUGGUGGUUGAUGGCGGCGUCGCGGCGGUUUUGGGCGGCGGAGGGGGAGGAAUUGGGGCGCGUGGGGGUGGCGGGAAUGGGGAUUUGGGGAAGAAGAAGAGAGGGAGGCCGAGGAAGUAUGACGCCGAUGGGAACUUGAAUCCGGCGUAUAUCAGGUCGCCGACGGCGAUGAACGCCGCCGCGGGUUUCACUCUCUCGACGCCGCGGUCGUUUGACAACUCCGGCCCCAAAAGAGGCCGCGGGAAACACUCCGCCGCCGCCGGAAACUGGCAAAUUCUUGCCUCUUUAGGUGAAUUGUUUGCAAACACAGCAGGAGGGGAUUUCACGCCGCAUGUUGUGACUGUACACACAGGAGAGGAUGUUGCUGGGAAGAUACUCACCUUUGCUCAGAAGGGUCAUCGAGGGAUCUGUGUUCUCUCUGCCAAUGGAUCUGUCUCCAACGUCACGCUUCGCCAGCCCGGCACAUCCGGUGGUCUACUCACAUACGAGGGGCGUUUCGAGAUUUUAACCCUAACGGGAUCAUACACCGUUUCUGACAACGGUGGCAUAAAAAGCCGAUCCGGUGGAUUAAGCGUUUCACUAGCUAGCCCCGAUGGCCGUGUGAUAGGUGGUGGCGUCGCAGGUCUGCUCAUGGCAGCCAAUCCAAUCCAGAUUGUGGUCGGGAGCUUCGUGCCAAAUGGCUUCAAGAUGCAGAAAAGGAAGCCGCAGAGCGAGCCAAGGAUGGCCCCAGCCGCCCACUGCCCUCCCGCCACUGUGACUGCAGCGACACCAAUAUCACAGGCGCCACCAGAGACGAACAUCUACCCCAACCCGGCAUCUCAGUACCCGGGAGAGGCCGACAACAGCUUAAGCAAUAAAGACCAGCCAAACUCCGCGUCUACUGACAACACUGCUGAUUGGAACGGCGCUGAUCACCACAGAGCCUACCCCGACAUUAACAUUUCAGUGUCCGUGGACGAGCACUGAUCGCAGGUUUCGGAUGUCGAAAACGAACUGCUUAAGUUAGCUCUAGCCUUUUAUAUUUAGAAAUCAGAGACGUUUUUCUGUCUUUACUCUUUUGUUGAUGACUCUAUUUCUCUUUGAACUUUGAUUACACUUCCUUGCUGAAAAUGAUCAAGUAUCUCAGCUUAUUAGUCUGAUCUUGGAUUUUCAUUUUGUCA